AGCUGCCUUCCAAGAAACUGCCGUUUCGUCCACCGAACGCCUUCAAUGGCGGGCGUGCCAUUAGUGCCUUGUCCAGGCGUAUAUAAGCCCGGCGUCUCAGACCAUGUCUUCGUCUCCGCUCAUUUAUUGGAAAAAAAAAAUCAAGGAGAGCGAAAGGAAACUCGAAGAAGGAAAAAACUCGGGCCUUUCGAACGAAGAGCGGAAGGAGAACCCGAUCGAAACCUAAUGCCACCCUUAGAAACCCUCUACAUCUAAUCGCCACUCUUCCCUUUUGGACUGGGUAAGAUUUGGCCCAGAGAAGGAGGAGGAGAUCAUAAUCCAUGGUGGUUCUUGCGUUUAAUAGAAGAAAAAUCUCGCCUUUUUUCUAGCUAGGAUUCCUUGUGUUCCCCCUUAGAGAACGAAGAUGUCUUCCGCCGGCGUUGCUCUCAACCCCAUCCGGGAAGAUGCGGCCCUCUCCCCCAUCCGGUUCGACGGUAGUAGAUCGCCGCAUUGCUCGCCCGAGUCCAUUCUGAUCUACCUCGCCGUCCCGGGUUCUUCGGUGACCCCCAUGCGGGUUCUUGAGUCCGAUUCGAUCACCUCCGUGAAGCUUAGGAUCCAGACAUGUAAAGGCUUUAUGGUAAAGAAGCAGAAGCUGGUGUUUGAUGGCAGGGAGUUGUCUCGUAACAACAGCCUCGUGCGGGACUAUGGAGUCACUGAUGGGAAUGUUCUCCACCUUGUCAUCCGACUCAGCGAUCUCCGUGCCAUUACUGUGAAAACUACCUGUGGGAAGAAAUUUGAAUUCCAAGUCGAGCGGAGCCGGAACAUAGGUUACAUCAAACAGCUGAUUGCUAAGAAGGGUAACGAUUUUUGCAAUCUCGAGAAUCAGAAGCUCAUCUGUGAUGAUGAGGAGCUUAAUGAUCGUCAACUGGUUGAUGACGUUUGUAAAAACAAUGAUGCUGUUAUCCAUUUGCUGAUCCGUAAAUCAGCUAAAAUUAGGGCUAAGCCAGUUAACAAGGAUUUCGAGCUGUCUAUAGUUGCACAUGAUGCAGAGGAUAACAAGGGGGUUGAUAACCUUCAGAUAGUUGCUAGGAAGCCACCAGAUAGAGGUGCUUGGAUUGAGCCAUUGGUCAUUAAUCCCAAAGUUGAAUUGUCUCUGGUGAUCAUAGAUCUGGUUAAAUCUACAUUAGCUGGGUUGGAGAAGGGUAAUGCUCCAGUGUUGUCUUCGGAAGGCUCAGGGGGAGUGUACUUUAUGCAGGAUGUCUCAGGUCACAAAUAUAUUGCUGUUUUUAAGCCAAUUGAUGAAGAACCGAUGGCUGAGAAUAAUCCUCGAGGACUUCCUUUGUCAUCAGAUGGUGAAGGCUUGAAGAGGGGGACACGGGUAGGCGAGGGUGCACUAAGGGAGGUUGCGGCAUACAUCCUUGACCACCCUAUUGGUGGGCACCGCUCCAGUGAGGAAGUUGGCUUUGCUGGUGUUCCUCCAACAGUAAUGGUGCGGUGCUUGUAUGAGAGAUUUAAUCAUCCUAAUGGGCAUGGCUCCAAGAACUACAAGAUUGGAUCCUUGCAGAUGUUUGUGAAGAACUAUGGGAGCUGUGAGGAUAUGGGGCCUCAUGCAUUCCCGGUAGAGGAGGUGCACAAGAUCUGUGUGUUGGAUAUAAGAUUAGCAAAUGCUGAUCGACAUGCUGGCAAUAUACUGUUUUACAAGGAGGGAGAAGAAGGGCAGUUCAUGCUGGUUCCAAUCGAUCAUGGAUACUGCUUGCCUGAGAAUUUUGAAGAUUGUACCUUUGAGUGGCUUUAUUGGCCCCAGGCUCGCCAGCCUUUCAAUUCUGAAACCAUUGACUACAUAAAAUCAUUAGAUGCUGAAGAAGAUAUCGCACUCCUCAGGUUCUAUGGCUGGAAACUGUCUCUUGAGUGCUCUCGCACUCUGCGCAUCUCCACUAUGCUUUUGAAAAAGGGUGCAGAAAGAGGGCUUACACCCUAUGAUAUCGGGAGCAUCUUGUGCAGGGAAACUCUUAAGAAAGAAUCCAAGAUUGAGGAGAUCAUCUGCCAAGCAAAGGAUUCUGUUCUUCCAGGCACCAGUGAAACUGCAUUCCUGGAGUCUGUCUAUGAGAUCAUGGAUCGUCACCUUGAUGAACUCUUCAGAUAAAAUUGCUAUAGGUGUAUGUAUGUGGACAGGUUGUUGCUUGGUGGAUGAUGGAGGUUGUAAGUAUGAUGAUCCUUUUUCCAUUCGUCAAUAACAAGCUCUCGAUAUGAGAGGUUCUUGAAACUUUUGAUUGCAGCUCUUACCAUCUUUCUCGGUUGGUUCAAUCCUGUUGCCUGCUGGAGAGGAUGACCAAGAGCUUUUGAUCCUUUUCAGUAUUCAUAUCGUAUCUAGAUUUUUUUAUUUGCAGAUCAAAUUAAAAGAUAAUUCUUUCAGAAUAAAUUCGAUUCCUUUCUUUCUCUUGAAAAAAAGGGGAAAAAAAA